GAUCCUGUCUCCGGAACCUUUACUCUGAAAAGACAAAACGAACGAGUUUGACGCCACUUCCCUUCACCGAGGACUCGCCUGUCAAAACACAACGUAACUUUACUCAGGGAAACUUCAGUCGAUUGACGCUGAAGCGUUUGAAGAAUACAACUCUGAGUCUCCUUUCAGAGGGAAUGGAGAAGGCUAAACAAGAUGCAUUCGACAAUGCCAGACUGCAAAUGAUCAAAGAUGGCUAUGAGAGAGCUUUCGAGUGCAUCAAUGAGGGACUGACAGUAGACGAGGCCGGAGACAAGGCUCAGGCCCUGGAGCUCUACAAGCGUGGACGCCAGUACCUGCUCAGGGCCAUCAGCGUCCCCUCGCAGGGAGAGGAGUGUGUAGGCAGCUCCUGGGAAUCAGCCAGACAGAUGCAGCAAAAGAUGCAGGAGACGCUGAACAACAUCACGACUCGUCUGGCCAUACUGGAGACCAGCAGUGACCUCGCUUCUGCACCCAUGCCAAGCACUACCACUGCUACAGGCAUGUCUGCAGAAUACCUCUACCCAAAACUCCCAACCAAAGACAAGCCAGAGAGGCCAGCUCCACCAAACGUACUUUCCGCUAAUGGCGAGGCAGCAGGAGUUGCUACAUGCAGUGGUGCAGACUUCCCACUUUCACCCACCAGACAGCCUGUGGUGCCAGCCGAGCAGCCUCCAGCCUACUCCCCUCAGGCGGCUGAUGGCCACUUGUCCCUUUCUUAUGGAACGGAUUCAGGGGAGAUGUCGGUGGUCGGGGAUGAGUUCUACAGUCGCACGUCUAACACCACACCAUCCCCCCAGAGUAUGGGCGAAGAGGGAGAGGAGCUGCUGUACAUCCCUCACGGUGUGCAGAUAUUUUUUGUGACACCUGAAGGUCAAGUGAGCGCUCCAUCUUACCCCGGUUACCUGCGGCUAGUCAGGUUUACAAGUGAUCACUCUGACAGCAUGCCCAACCGGCCACCAGCCUUUCUGCAGGUGUGCGACUGGCUCUACCCACUCAUGGCCGUGGACUCUCCAGUGUUGCUGUGUAACACUGGGGUGUUUAUGUUCCCGGACAUGAUGGCACCAGCUCCCGGUUAUUAUGUCGGGGUGGUGUUGUCCUCUGAGUUGCCUCCUGCAAACAGAGAACUGUUCCAGGACCUACUGUCCCAGAUGACAGAUCUUAGGGUUCAGGCUCCAGAUGAAGCAGCAGAUACCAUCAAUCUCAGUCAGAAAGUGUCCAUAGUCACACCUGAGGAGACUGCACCAGCAGAGACAGAGGAGGAAAAACCUUUGCCCGAGUGGAGUGAAAAAGUGGCAAGUGGGAUCCUGACGGGUGCGUCCUGGUUAAGCUGGGGUCUGGUGAAAGGAGCCGAGUUCACAGGCAAGGCCAUCCACAAAGGGGCGUCUAAACUCAGGGAGCACAUCACUCCAGAGGACAAACCCACCCACGUCAGCCCCACGGUCACAAAAGGCCUCCAUGUUGCCAAGCAAGCGACGGGUGGAGCUGUUAAAGUCAGCCAGUUUCUAGUGGACGGGGUGUGCACGGUCGCUGGCUGUGUGGGUCGAGAGUUGGCUCCACAUGUGAAAAAACAUGGAGGAAAGCUGAUCCCGGAGUCUAUGAAGAAAGACAAGGAUGGGCGUUCCAACAUAGAUGGAGCUAUGGUGGUGGCUGCCAGUGGAGUGCAAGGAUUUGCAACCAUGUGGACUGGUUUAGAGGUAGCAGCAAAGAACAUUACUACAAGUGUUGCAUCAGAAACGGUCACAACAGUAAAACAUAAAUUUAGGGGUCUACAAAACGUCUUUGAAACACCUAAUGAGAAGAAGUGUACGGGGCAGCAGCGGGACAAGCCACAGACAACGCUGUCAAUUCUGCCAUUAAUGUCGGCCUCACUGCCUUCAACAUUGACAACCUGGGGAUCAAAGCUGUGGUGAAAAGGACUGGGAAGCAAACGGCAAAGGCCAUUUUGGAAGACUACAAGCUUCAGGAAAAACCAGAGAACGAGAAGCAAGUGGAGAAACUGGACAAAUAGCCAACAGUGCCCGUCGAUGUUUCCCCAACAACGCCUUAAAACAAUGUUUUUAUCAAAUGGAUCUAUAUUUAAUAUAUUUGAUUUAUAAAAUAUAUGUAGAAGAUUACUACUGUUAUAUUCAUAGCCUCUUUAUCCUAUUGUACAGCUCUUGAGCACUUAAAUUAUUAUGCAAAAUAAGGUAGAUGGACCUAAACUAUGGAAACAGAAGGUUGCAUAACCCAAAUUAAAACAAUAAUCUGCACAGUAUACUGACACGAUAUAAUAUUCAGGUUAAAUAACUCUGCUGUUUCUACUAGGAACUUGUUGAGUGGUUUUUGACUAGACACUGGAAUCUCUCUCUAAUCUUUAAGCUGCAUCUGUGUGCGAGUUGGUGGGGUAAGUGCAAUUUAGAUAAAAACAAAAGAAAGACAAUUACUUGCUUUGUGUUGUCCUGACAAUUUCGGACAAAAUGACGUUGCUAUGAUGUUUUUCCCCAAGUAACCACUGCUGAUGACUGUGCCUGCAAGUAUCUAACCAAAUGUGAAAUUGAAUGUUUUGUGAAAUUGAUGCUGUCAAAUGUGUCCAUGGUCUACUAUGUAUUUUUGUGAACUCUUUAAUAUGUAGCAGGAGCUGUUGCUGGCUAAAGCUGUACAACGGAUGCGUUCUAGAGUCUUCUGUGCUUUCCUGUACAUUUCAAUUCACUUAAAUCCACAUAUUUCCAAAAUGUUAAUGUUUGUUCAUAUAAAAAUCUAUUUAGAUUUCUUUAUUUUGAUGUAUGGACUAAAUAUGGAACUAAAUGUGUGUUUUCAAGUAUGCUAACUUUGUUUCUAAGCCAGAUAUAUAUAUUUUUUUGAGUGAAGUGAUAUGGUUUGUCCAGCAAUUAACAUGCUUGUAAUUUUAAGAUGCAUUUCUAGUUUUUGCAGUGACAUUUAUUCACCACCUGAAAAACUGACACUUUACUGAAACAAGUAUGAAACAAUAAAAUGUAUACAA